AUGGCGGCGGAGAUUCAUCCCCAGCCCCUGACCCGCAAGCCGAUCCUUCUGCACGGUCGAGGGUCGCAGGAGGUGGUGAACAUGGCGGUGAUCGUGCCUAAGGAGGAGGGUGUCAUCAGCGUCUCGGAAGACAGGACAGUUCGUGUUUGGUUAAAGAGGGACAGUGGACAGUACUCAAGCAUAUACCAUGCAAUGCCUUCUCCAUGUUCAUGCAUGUCUUUUAACCCGGAAACAAGAAGACUGUCCAUAGGUCUAGACAAUGGUACAAUCUCAGUAAGUACAAAUAAGUUGGGUCAGAGGAUGGAGAAGGAAGGUCAGAUGCUGUUUGACCACCGGACCAAGUGUGGACCGCAGCAAGAGAAGCAGGACGCUUGGGAGACGCGCAGAGGGAGGAUUGGGGCAGUUCCGGAGCGGAGGGAAAGACAGACGCAUCCCUUGAUAGUGUUCUGUAGGAUUCAUAUUUGCAAGUUAAAUGAACAGCUUCAUGGAAAAGUCACUGCUUGCUUCUGUUUCGUUAGUGGUGUUCUUCAGGUGGCCGAGCUUGAUGUUGUGUCGCAUGGUGGAGCUCACAGUGUUGUGUGUUUUCACGGAAACCCCAGGGACAGAGUUUUUUUCCUGGUAACAGGAGAUACCCAGGUGGACUCUCCUGAGCCUUCAGAGGCUUCAAGGGAAAAGAAUGUAGUUACCUUAGGAAAGGGUAUUUCUUUUUCCAGUAAAAGAGAAAAUUGUGCCUUUGAAAAUAAGUUUUUGCAUCCUUUAAAAAGGAAUCUGGGCAUCUUUAGAGAUGUCAUCCCCACGGCCAGCGUCUCCCUGUACGGAGAAUGUGCAGGACAGGGCACUGUUUGUAGUGAAUCCGUAUGUGCAACUUUCUCUCCCUUGUCUGCAUCUGUUUCUGCCGUUUCAGUUACCCACCGACAGCUGUGGUCUGAAACAGACUGCACAACAAAGCCUCGCAAAUUGGAUGGCUUAAAACGACGGGAUUCAUUUUCUCAGUUUCAGAAACUAGACACAGAAAUGAAGAUAUUUGAUGUUGAAACCGUCACGUGUUUAUUGGUGAUUCACUCGGGCCAAGUCACCAUCCUCAAACUGGAACAAGAAAACUGCACACUGCUCACAUCCUUCAGAGGGCACACAGGAGGGUGGACAGCGCUCUGCUGGGACCCAGUGCAGCGCGUGCUGUUCUCAGGGAGUUCCGAUCACUCCGUCAUCAUGUGGGACAUCGGUGGGAGAAAGGGACAGCCAUCGAGCUCCAGAACAAUUUUGAGUUGUGGACAUCAUGACAAAGUCCAAGCCCUCUCCUAUGCACAGCACACAAGGCAGCUCAUCUCAUGCGGCGGGGACGGUGGCAUUGUCGUCUGGAACAUGGAUGUGGAAAGGCAGGAGGUAAACCCUGAGUGGUUGGACAGUGACUCCUCAAAAUGUGACCAGCCUUUCUUCUGGAACUUCAAGCAAAUGUGGGACAGUAAGAAAAUUGGCCUAAGACAGCACCACUGCCGGAAAUGUGGGAAGGCCGUGUGCGGCAAGUGUAGCUCCAAGCGCUCUUCCAUCCCCCUCAUGGGCUUUGAGUUCGAAGUUCGGGUCUGCGACAGCUGCCACGAGGCCAUCACAGAUGAAGAACGUGCGCCCACAGCUACCUUCCAUGACAGUAAGCACAACAUUGUGCACGUGCAUUUUGAUGCAACCAGGGGAUGGUUACUGACUUCUGGAACUGACAAAGUGAUUAAGUUGUGGGAUAUGACCCCAGUAGUGUCCUGAUGUCUCUCCAAGGGACGAGAAAAUAGUUUUUAUUAAAGAGACACUUGUUUGAGCCCAAAAUCAUUACAGGAGAAGCAAAGUACACAUAUGAGCAGGAAGAGAGACUGAAGGCGGCUCACAGUGGAUGUGUGCCUCCCGGCCUGUCGCAGUGAACCGGUGGGAGAGCACACCCAGGACUCUUCAGUUGCCCUUACAACAUAAAAGAAGAUAUUUUUUUAUCAAAUGGUUUAUACAGCCUGGCUGUGCUGCAUUGUUUUGAGUCUAUUGGAAAAUCUGUGUGGGAUGUUUAAGCUUCUGUGUUUCAGCCUCCAUUGUUCUCAUUGCUUUUUGUGUCCAAAAAAAAAAAAA